UUGAAAGUGGAAUUCGGAUUCACUCCUUACAGCGAGAGGCUGAACAGGCGGAUCGCGUUUCUCGGGCUGGUGGUGUUGCUGCUGCUGGAGCUGGCGACGGGGAAGAGCGUGCUCAGCUACCACACCCCGUCGAUCGUCCUCGUCCUCGUCCCGAUCUAA